UAAUUUGCUUUCUUGAACUAGAUUUUGUGUUGAAUUAUCGAACGUAUUAGAUCUUUUUUUUUCUUCUUUUAAUUAUUAUUAAAGUGUCAGGAUAAUUGUGAUACGAAAAACAAUAUAGAUGUCAACACUAGAAGCAAAAGCAGCAGUAACAACAACAGCAACAAUACCAACUACUACUACAACUACGGCAACAACACAGACAGAAGCAACAGCAAUAUCAACAAACAAAGAAACGAUAUUCAUCGGAAGAUCUCCUCCAAGAGUUACAGCUUCCCUGUUUCCGUUAAAGGUAUCAAAUAUUGCGAAUAUAGUCGCAGACUGUUGUUCCAAGAAUGUCUUGAAGUACCUUCAAUAGUUUGGAAGAAAAUGAUAGCAUCAUCUUUGAUAAUACUGAGAAACAGCCACAUGCAUAUCCAUUUACCAACAAAUUUCAAGAAAUUCUUUGUCAAUACUUUUACUAGACAAGCAUCAUCAACCCAACAUGCCCAUAUCUUUGACAAACGAGUAUUAGAACCAGAAUACAGUUUGUCUUCAAAUCCUAAAUUAAAGACGACAACAGUAUCGAAAAACAAACCAAAUCAAAGUAAUGCUCGUGAAAUUGCAAUGGUAAAAGCUUUCUGGAAUCGAGACGAUGAUGGCAUUCAUGGCAUUGCUGGUCCCACGGUAGAAUUUAAACGAAACGUCUUCCAGAACCCAUGA